AUGCGGGGGCUGGUGGCGCUGCUGGCGGCGCUGAGCUGCGCGGCCCCGGCGGGGCGGGCGGCGGCUCCCGGGGGUGCCCUCAGCUCCAACGCCAUCAAGGGACCCCCCCCGGGGGGGGCGGCCGAGGCCAGCGCCGCCCCCGCACCCCCUUUCGACGGCAGCAACAAGGCCCCACCGGCCGCCACCCGACAGCCUUUCCCGUGCGCCGAGGACGAGGACUGCGGCCCCGAGGAGUUCUGCGGGGGGGCGGCCCGCGGCGGGGGGGCCCCGCUGUGCCUCGGCUGCCGGCGGCGCCGCAAGCGCUGCCUGCGCGACGCCAUGUGCUGCCCCGGCAUGACCUGCAGCAACGGUCUCUGCACGCCCCUGGAGCCGCCCCACAGAGCGGCCGAGCUGGACGAGACGGGCACUGAGGCGCUGCCCCGACGGACGCCCGCUCCCGCCUGGCUCCCCACUGCCAAAGGCGAGGAGGGCGACUUCUGCCUGCGCUCGUCGGACUGCGCGGCCGGGCUGUGCUGCGCCCGCCACUUCUGGUCCAAGAUCUGCAAGCCGGUGCUGCGGGAGGGGCAGGUGUGCACCCGGCACCGGCGGAAAGGCUCGCACGGCCUGGAGAUCUUCCAGCGCUGCCAGUGCGCCGAGGGGCUGGCGUGUCGCCUGCAGCGAGAGCACGGCCCCGCCGACGCGUCCCGCCUGCACACGUGCCAGCGGCACUGAGCGACAGACGGACGCGCCGGGACGGGACAGACGGACGCGACGGACUCCGGCCCCGCCGGAGCGAAGGUUGUUUCUCAAGGGAACUUCUCCUAAGCGACUUCUUGCAGUACGUUACUGUGUUGUGAAUACUCGAGCUGGCACUUAGCUGUACAUAACGCCGGGACUUUUUAAUGAUUUUUAACGACUUUUUAAUGAGUUAUUUUGUGUUUAUCUGAGGGCGCUGCCUGGCGCUCUUCAAGCCGUGACUGUGACUUUGUACACACUGGGUUUUUCAUUCUGGCUCGGAGGGAUGCCACGAAUAAACGCUUUAAAU